AUGAGUCAGUUCUUAGGCCGUCAAGAUUGUAUUGAAAGUCUCCGAAGAGAUAUCAUCGACCUGCAGGGCGUUGUUCUGGAGGUCUUCUCCAGAACCGGACCCGUCCGCUGUCACUCCUGGAAGUACCCGGACAAACUCUCCUGUAAUCUCGAUUUAGUGUCGCUUCUGGACCGAUACGACUUUGUGGACGGGGAGGAUGAAUUCAAUCAGCAUUCCCACAUUGUCCUGCUGGAGUUGGUGAUAGACAGGUGA